GCAGUUUUCAGAGGGGCGGAGACAAGCCUGCCUCGCAUCCAUAGCGAGUAGCAGCAUACAGGCAGCCUCAGUGUAGGCUGCUGCUGUAAAAGACCAGGCUAAGUUUACAAUAGGAAACACAAUAAGGUUCUCUCUCGGUUCUUCUGGGCCAUAAUGGGUGGAUGUUUUUCGGCCGCAGAGACGAGUCACACAGCCCGGUAGGCAUUUGUUUUCCGUGCUGCCGAACUAUCCAGAAUCGUCCAUGGUGAAGUGACACUGGGAUUCUAACAAGUGACCCGCCUAACAUAGUUAGAAGUGCGGCUAUUUUGCAGAGACGCAACAUUACGCGCAGGAGGAAACAGCGCAGGGUUACAUUAAACCGUCCCCAGCCUGAUUUGACUGCGCGUAAUGUUAAAGCGCACCCUCCGCGGCUGUUUCCCCGUGGGGUGGCUGUGAGAAAAGUGGACUGUCUGGUUUGUUUUCUCCAUCCACUUCCCAGACCUGCAUGGAACAAAGUGUGCUUUCCGAGACAUAACCUGCGCCCGUGAGGUGGAUCCAGGCGGUUUGUCAGCGUGGGGAUAUAUGUGGUAACACAGCCCGUCGAGAGUCCAGCUUCUCCCGAUAGUCAUCAUGAGGACCACCGAGGAGGCGGAGGGCUUUGACGGCGAGGCCUCCAACACUUCCAUGAUCUCCGGGGCCAGCAGUCCGUAUCAACCCACCACCGAGCCCGUCCAUUCAAGGAACGUUUUGGGGGGGAUAAGGUGCGACGUGGAGUACCUCAAGUCAUACUUUGGGAUUUUAAAGGCGGUGGAAGUGGUUCUAUCACUUAUUGGAUUCAUCUGCAUAGAGACCAUCAUGAUGUGCUCUCCCUGCGGGGGGGUCUACUUCUUCGAGUUUGUCAGCUGCAGUGCCUUUGUGGUGACAGGAGUCCUCCUCCUCAUCUUCAGCCUCAACCUGCACAACAAGGUGCCCCACGUCAACUGGAGCCUCACGGACCUGGUUAACACAGCUGCGAGCACCUUCUUCUUCUUCUUGUCAUCUCUUGUGUUGGCCUGCAUCAACCACAACACUGGAGCUGAAAUAGCAGCAGUGAUCUUCGGCUUCCUGGUGACAGGUGUGUAUGGAAUAAACACCUUCCUGGCAGUACGGAGAUGGCGCCGCGGCAAUGGGUGUCCAGGGGCGGCUCAGACCAGCGAGUACAUGCGAGCACGCACGGCGUCUCGUGGAGAAAUGGAAGCGAGACCCGAGCUCGCAUGAGCACUGGCAGACAAUCAGACAGACUAAAGGAAAGCCACACUACGGGCAGCUGACUGAGAUGGACUCAGUAUUUUAAUCAAGUCGUGAGUGGAAGGGCUCAUCUCAAACUCGCCACAUGCUUUUGACUUCUCGUUACAACACCUCAGCUGCGCUUUCUGCCCGCCCAGCCACUGAAUACAUCUUCAUUUACGGUCACAGAUGAGCACUGAGGCAUUGUUUAUCAGGCUUCAGUGACACUUAAAGACUCUGAAGUGAAGAGCUCCAGUCAGGAUUGAAGGUAUUCUCUGUAAAACUUUUCAUCCACAUAACUUUAAAGUCAGUAUGAAAGAUGACUUUCACGAAGAGCCCGUGCUCCAACUCCUGUUCUGGUGUAGGUGUUGGCUUUUGAGAAAGUUUUGUGUUUCACUGUGAAGAGUUAAAGAAGGUCAGCUUUUGUACAGUUUGCUUACAAUAUUUCAUGCCGCUGUCUGUGAAGUCUGUGGUAACAAAUGUGAUCAUGGAUUCAGGAAGCCACUGGACCAGCAGCACACAGUAACCCACAGCACAACAGAAGCAUCACGACUUCACUGUUCAUCUUAGAUACUGACAUCAGCCUUUAGUUUCUACCUGUGGGCAAGGCUGACAUUAGAUAUUUUAAUCAUGUUUGUUUCCCCUUAGUCUUGACUAACUUUACAAAUGCCUUUAACAUUCAACCUUUGGCCACUUCUAAGAUCUUUCCUGCCAGCAGUGAUGCAGCAACAGUACAGGGUCAUUCUUAACUGCAGAAAAGACAACAAAAGGUCCACAUUUUGAAGUGAGUGAAGAAGAUUUACUUUGUUGUAACACAAAUGCAUGCAGUGGGUUUGACACAGUUGUGAGACCACAAUAAAAAAUACUCCAUUCCACAGAGGUUCUGGACGCAGAUCACAUGACUGGGACUCAAGACUCAAGUCACUAAUUUGAUGACUUAAGACUCAACUUGACAAAAUCAAAAAAGACUUGCUGCUUAAGUUGAGCUUUAACACCCAUGACUUGUGAUUUCACUUAGACUUGAGCCUGACUUCAAAAUACUUGAUACCUUCCCCCUAACCCAAAGAUUAUUUAAAAAGAGAGCCACAAAUUGAUUUAUUUCUUGAUUCAACGUACGAUAGCGCUGUUCAUUUCCAGCAAGUUGACACUUAAUUCGUCAGAUCCACUUUGUUUGAAACCAGUCUGACAGCAUUCAGUCAAGUUGCAGGAGAGAACCAUGAAGAACGUUACGCUACCAAAGAUAAUUUUAUUUGUGUGCAAAAACUACAUGGUGGUCAACAAAAAAAAGAAUUGCACAGUAGUGCAGUGGUUAGCAUUGUCACCUCACAGUAAGAGGUUCGAAGUUCGUUCCUGGUCCGAGUCCAGGGUGGGGGAGCCCUUCUGUGCAGAGUUUACAUGUUCUCCCUGUGUCAGCGUGGUUUUCUCCAGGUACUCCGGCUUCCUCCCAGAGUCCAAAGACAUUCAGGUUAAUUGGUGACUCUAAAUUGCCUGUAGGUGUAAGUGUGAAUGUUUGUCUGUCUCUAUGUGUCAGCCCUGUGAUAGUCUGGCGACCUGUCCACACCCUGCCUCUUGCCCAAUGUCAGCUGGGAUAGGCUCCAGCUCCCCGCAACCCUCAACAGGAUAAGCAGAAAUGUAUGAAUGACUAUGCAAAACAUGCGGGAUGAAAAUUAAAGACAAUGACACAACAACUUCCAGCUUUGUCCAACAUUUAAAGUUGCACAAAGAACAGUAAGUCAAGGCUAAUAUUAGCAUAGCAAGCUAAAGCUUAGCUAACGGUAUUACUAUGUUGUUAAAAUGGCAUUACGUUUGGUGACUUUGUCGAGACUCAAAACUCAGAGUUUAAGACUUGGGACUUGAUUUGGGACUUGAGUGCAAAGACUUUAGACUUAAUGACUUGGUCCCACCUCUGCCAUUCCACCUGCUUUUUCCCAUUUUGUGUGUAAACUAACCAUAAAUAUUCACAUCAGCAUUCCUAGAAUUUUGUUUUUGAGGUCUGUGAUGGGUCAACACUGUGAGCCAGGAGUAGGUUGUGUCAGGCGCUAAUAAGGUAGUCAGUAUCUUGUUACUUUUGCAUGUAUCCAACGCUUCGGGUGACACGAUUGUUGACGGUACAUCAGUGAGAUUCAUUUUAAAACAUCAGUAGGUGCCCUUAGCCUGCUGACUAUCUCAGGUAUUGACACGCUCCUUCCAUCUUUAAUUCUUAAGCAAACUUUUGAAAUGAAAUCACAGAGUGCUUCAAACUGCAUUUCUUAAUGCCUGCCUUUUAUUAGACAUGAUGGGACUAUCACAGAGAAUGGAAAUUCAUUUUAAAAGUAAGAGUAAUAAAGGUUGAGACGGUGGGAUAAAAAUGUGGUACUUCUAGCAUUGUCGUCACAGCUUUCACUCUGUAUUUGGUUGAAUUGAAAUAUCUGCAUGCAGCAUAUGUAUCUACAGUAUAUUAUCACACACGUCAUGUAUUAUGAAAUCUCUAUCAUUCCACACUGCAGCUGUUAUGAAGCUCACGCAUACAGAGCGCUAAACAGAUUUGUCGCUAAUGUUUUUCUGUUUUUCGGCCAGUGCACUUGACAAACAGGAGGCUGAAUGUUGAAACGACACAUCAACAUUUGUUUUUUAAGAUGAAGGAAGAAAUGUCAACUUGAUUUUUGAUGUCUUACGUGGCUCUGAUGUAUUGAAUUUACACUACAGUUACACACGUGUGUGUUUUCUUUGUUGUUUGAGACCAAUGUAUGUAUAUUGGGUGAGUGUGCAGGGUCUAAAUCGACUCUAUGGCUCCAUCUCCUGGUGUAGAGGACUGACUGUGCAGCCACAUAACUACAGCAGUGAGAGAGGGGAAUGUGUUUGACUGUGGGUUUAAAUGAAAAAUAAAAACUGUAUGGCUUCUUUAACAAGCCUGAAAAGUUUCCACACCACACAAAGAGCUUGAGUAAUCAUGCUUUUCUCAUGUCACUUACAUAUGUAGAACUGUUUAAUCUCCUGGUUUGGUGACUUUAUGAACAGACAAUCAUAUUUGUUAUCCUGUCUUUCUCUUGCAUCGAUGGAUUUGUUUCUGAGUGUAAUGUAAAGAUAUCCACAUAAACAUUUGUACUGCAGACCUUGCAACACAGUCAUGCAAGUGCAUUGUGCUCUCUGACAAUAUAAACUGACCAUCAUAUCUGUCGAACUCUAUCAAGCUGCAGCUCUCUAUAUACACCUUUAUGCUACAGUAUGUUAUGAACUAUUUGUAUUUAUGGGGA